GGAGUCCCGAGUCAGGGGCAGGAGCUGGUGUGCCAUCUGGAGUGUGUUUCAAUCAGACUCAGUCGGAGAGCAGUUGGAGAGUUCCACAGGCGGAUCUGAAUUCCAGGCACACUAACUACUCCACAAGCACAUCUUGACUGCAGACAUGGCUGCAAGAGCCGCCUGCCUUGUCCUUCUCUGUCUGCCCGCGAUGCUUCAGGGUCAGUAUGAAGAACUGCCAGACACUCACCUGUACCCUCUACAGCCACAGUAUGCACAAUACGAUACCCAGCUAAGUGCAAAUGAUUAUAAUCCAGAGUUCGAUUAUACUGGUACAAAUUUUGAAACAGAACCGACAGAGCCUGGCCCCCUUGAUUGCAGGGAGGAGCAGUAUCCAUGCACCAGACUCUAUUCUGUACACAGACCCUGCAAACAGUGCCUCAAGAGCCUUUGCUUUUACAGCCUUCGCAGGGUCUAUGUGGUCAACAAAGAGGUCUGUGUCCGCACCGUCUGCGCCCAUGAAGAGCUACUGAGAGCUGACCUGUGCCGAGACAAAUAUUCAAAGUGUGGGGUCAUGGCCAGCAGUGGGCUGUGUGGCCAAAUGGCUUCAUCAUGUGACAAGAGCUGUGGCUCCUGUUGAGAAGGACGAACAAACUGAUCAAGGGGCCACGCAUGGAGCCUUGGUCCAGGAGAUAGAGGAAUCUCCAUAUAUAUCAAUAAUAAUACCUUAAGUAAUUUAGAGGGAUCAUUUUCAUAUUUCUAUAACUCUGGUGCUGGAGGAUUUUUCAUAUUAUCCUCUUGUUUUUGAUUGUGCACAUAAGGUUAUUACUGUUCGGGGGAGGGGACCACUAAAAUGCAGGUUAUGCAUGAAGCCUUGGGAAUUCAGUCAUUCCAGCUUUUUACCCAUGUUGCCAUGAGGAUUUGUGAACCUAUGGCUUUGCCAUUCCUUGUUGGCUAUAUUGUGCUCACCUGGGAGAAGGAUAGUGGACGGAGAGUACCUCGCACUGAACUUACUAUCCAUCUUCUCAUAGAAAUUCUACAGAUUCCUGUUACCUAUUGCUGACCUGUCUUUUAUGCUUUGUGCCUGUCUGGAGUUUUAGAAUUUUUUUUAAGUUUAGAAAGAAAAUAGAAAUCGCACGAUACCUGGGGGGUUGGGAACGAAUCAAGUAUCAAAACCCGUCCUGCAGCAGAAUUCUGUUUUGAAGGCUGCCUGAGUGAUUCAUACACCAGCAAUCAAAUUCUGAGUGAGUCACUCCUGAAUGGGCUUCACCCCCGGAGGGAAGGCUUGUACACCUUUUGCAUCUGCAAACUGAUUAAGUCCCAUAUGGUCACACACCACCCAUACUAUCAGGGCAAGGCAGGAACCAGUGUGUAAACACACCCCAAAUAGAUUUAAACUCACACUGCACUGAUCCUGUACAGCAGCUCAAUUCUGACUUUUUCAGCCGAGUGGACCAGUUAGACUCUCUGGCCUUGAAAGUGGUGUUGUGUGAAGAUUGGCGAACAAGCGUUUAAAGUGUUCUCUUUUUAAACCCUUUGUCAACUAUUUAAAAUUGCUUAAUGCCUGUCAAAAUAACAAAUGGCAAAAUUUAGCUUAAAUGAGUUAAGCAUUUUCUGCUGAUCUUCACAUAGAUUCUGGAGCCGCCUUUUCCCCCUCUGUAGCCAAUAGCUAACCUACUCCCAGUCCUGUACUGCACUGAAUGGGACACUAGGAGGUGCCCAUCAACUGUUUGUGUGAAUCUUUCCUGGCGUGAUCCAGCCACCAUUAGGUACUCACUUCCGUGCCCCUGCACACGACUGUUACUGUUUUAUUAUACUUCAAAUAAUUGUACAGAAUGUAAACAAAUAUUGUGUCAUUGCCAGUGGGUGCAUAAGAUUGGGGUGGGGGCGCUCACUCUUCUCCCUCUUAUGGAACCACUGUGCCAGAUCUGAAGGAAUAAAACCAGUGGCACAAAGCUGUAAGCUUUUACAAAAAAGAGUGAUACAGAUCCCAGAGCACGUGGCUGAGAGUGUGGUGCAAGGCUGUGACACAGACCCAGUGAUUAAAAUGGAUCUUUUCAUAAGGGGACAACAAAGGCUGGAAAUGGCAACAGACCAUUUGGUCUAUCAAGUCCGCUCCUAGCUUCCAUAGACCCUGUCCAUACUGUGCUAUCAAUGACCCUACCCCAUCCAUUUAACCUCCUCCCACGUACAAUCUACUAUUCAUGAACUCUUUCCCCCUCCUUUUAACCUACUGAGGGUAAACUCUGUUUAAAUAUUCCCUGAACCUCCGAGGCAAUCAAGUAAAACACUAGAAUAUUCAUCCAAGCUUACGUCCACAUUACCCUGGCCUCCUUCUCUCACUAGACAGUAUAUUUCUAGACAGCUUCUUUCUGCUCCUCACCCCUCCCCCAACUUGCAUAUUCACAUAUCCUGUAGAACAAUGAGAAUGUCAAUCUGUCCAUAUUCCUGUAACCCAUAGUCCUGUCUAAUCAGAUAUUGAUCUGAUUCCUUUUUGAUUGGUGUGAGCUCCAGUACUUGUUUUAUUGGAACAAAGAGGAUCGGGGCAAAGAUUUUUAAAAUAAUGCAAAGUUUGUACUGGUAGUGAGUGUAAUUAAAUGUGUAAACCUUUAGCACCUGUUCCAUGUCACAAUACACAUACCACAAUGUGUCUCAGAUCUGAAUCCCAUUUCCCCAAACACAUCUGAGUGAUAAGAGGCACAUUAUAUAUAACAGUAAAUAAGUGAGGGAGAAUGUGCUCUAAGUGGUUCAAUGGAUGUUUACACACUGAAAUUUAUGCUAUUAUUUGAACCCCUCAACUGAAUUCCCACUCAUAACACACUACCAGUUACCAGGCAGCCCUGUAGUACACUCCUGGGCAUGCACACCAAUCUUGUACUCCCAGACAUUAAUAACCCAAUGAGCUUCACUCCUGCUGCUUUUUCAACUCUUAGUAUUACUGUAAAACCCCAUUACACACACCUAGGCAGCUCUUUGUGUUUCAGAUACAUUAAUCCUUCUCCGAUCUAACUGAUGCAAUUUCUAUUCAGGGAUUUAUAUCUAUCAUAAUUACAGCCUAGACAUGACUCUGUGCAAUAUAAGCACUGGAAUGCUUCACAUGCUUAUUUGAUCCACAUUUGUUUGCCAAUGGAGAGGUUAACACAAGACGUUAACAUAUCUGUUAAAUUAGCAAAGCGGUUUCAAACAAAUCUGUUAAGCAUUUAUACAUUAAUAUCAGUUGUUUCUAGGAUUUCAACAUCCUGUUCACAGGACAAGCACAUUAACUAAUCACUUGGUCACACUGAGACUACAUGGGGCUGCUACAUCUCUGUGUAUUGCGAUAGUUACUGUUGCACUAUUGCUAAGUGUGAAUACAAACGUUUACUGUCAGCUGAAGCCUUCCUCUCUAACUCUCCUCAGGAAAGCAGCACAUUAACACCCUAGACUUAGCAGCUUUUUGGGUGAAACAGUGUAUGAGCUAAAACUGGAUUCAGAGACUUUUCUGAGGAGUUCAGGAUGCCUUCAGUUUAUCAAACUUGACUUUCUGUUGCAUCUUAUUCUUUGAAAUAGUUAUUUUUUUUUUAAAUGGUGCUUAAAUAUCCCUUAAACACAGGGAUCACAUACAGGCAAGGUUUGAAGGUUGAAGCAUGCCUGUUCUGCUAUUUGUAUGUUGUUGUUAGGGUGCUGAGAGAAUGGCCCUCAGCACAGGCCUGUGAUUUUUUUGCGGUGCCACCCUCUUCCAGUUUUAUCAGCGUGCUGAUAACACUAAUUCAUUAGUGGCCAUUUUCUGUGCUGCCACCAACAGCUUGGGAUACACGAGGAUUUGUGUAUCGGACAACAUUUGAGGCUGGGAAUUAGUAUCCUUUACAUUGCGAUGCGACAUCAUGGCAGGAAUACCUCAGAAGCAUUUUGGCCAGGGAAAACAGGGCCCGACUGGCUUGCUGGGUUUUCCCUCCACACUUCAGAUGUUUCCUAGGCUGUAAUAUUGCAUGUGAGGAGCUCAGUGAUGAGAUCAACUGGAUUAAACUGAACACGGCAGGCAUGAGGCCUAACCAGGGCCUAAAUUCAAUCCCUAAGGAUUUGCUACCUAUGGAUUGCAUGGUAGAAUUAUAGGCGCAUUCUAUUUAGAGCAGACUGUAUGCUAUAGGAAACACAGGCAGCUUAGGAUCUCAAACUGGUUGGCAAUUCAGGUUCCUGUCCAGCAUCCAGGAUAUAAAAUGCUAUUUAAGAGCUCGGAGUGGGGAAAAAAACAUUAGCGCAGUAAUCAAUGUUCAGCCGCUAGAUGCCCACACCAUGAUUUUGGAAAUAUAUAUAUAGUUACUGAAUCUGUAACUGACAUCGAGUGGCCAAACCAAUAUAUAUUUACUCUAAUAACCCAAUUUGCCAGUUCGUGCCUUUGAACUGAGUAUUAUUUUUUUCCCCUGCAAGGUUCAUGUAGAAUAGUCCAUGUUAAUUGAACCUCAGCUUAAACAGGAAAAAGUUGCAAGGCUAUAAUGAAAGGACAGGGUAUGUAUCCAUUGGACAACUCUUUUAAAGAACUGGUGAAGACAUGAUGGGCUAAAUGGCCUCAUUCUGCAUGGUUGGAUUGUUUGAUUCCAAUAUCAGCAAUCCACUGGGCAGCUGACACAACAAUGACUAUCACGUUAAAAAGGAAAUGAGAAGCCUUGCACCUCCCCCCCCUCUCCUCCCCCACAACCAAACACCGCCCCCAACCCAUGGUUCAGUUGCCAUAUACAGUAUACCUGUGUGUAACUGAGAUAUGCUGACCAGGAAGGUCCCAAUUCCAUGUCCAAUCUGUGUUGAGUUAGCCCGUCCUAGCCAGGGUGGUGAUCAUGGGACUACAAUUGGUCUCAGUGUCCCUGGGUUAGGGAGAGGUAAAAUCAGCUCAGGCCCCAGAUUCAGACUCCUAACUACAAUCCAGGGUGGCUCCUGCUGGAAAAUGCACAGGCUCUGCAACAUCAUUGGAUUGAUGCCUGCCACAGUGGAAUAGCUGCUAAUACGAUUCAGGCUGAUAAGUGAAGAAUGAUCACUUGGGGCAGCAUUCUGGAGGAUGCCCACUGACCAUGGACCUGUAUCCCAGCGGAGAGUUAGUGCCUUAAGGAGAGGAAGGGGACAAAAUUUGGAGGGAAUUAUAAAAAAAAGCUGCCUCAUCUCUGCUCCAAUCUGUCUGCAGUAAGUGAGAAAAACAAAACUUGAGACGUGCUUGCUCAGAACUCCUUGGUACAAAUGUUCUUGAAGUACCAUUAGGAGGAAGUGCCGCAAUAUGUGCAACUGAGUGAGAUAUUUCUGUGUAAUCUGAUUCAUACUAUAACUGAUAUAUCCCAUUUUGUACAAAAUUAAAGUCACUUAAAAGAG